CGGAGAAUCUCAGAACUCUCCGUUGCGUCUCAAAGUCACAUCGGAUCUAUCGCACACUAUUUUCUCCAGCGUUGGUCUCGCCUUCGUCUUUUCCGCUCUGUCGAGAUUCUUUCGGGGGUUCGUUUUUAUUGAGAUCACCGCUCGACAAUGGAGAAUUCUCUCGUGGAUGAUCUCUCUCAGAUCCUCCCCCGUGUCCUCAUUGUCUCUCGGCGCACCGUUCGCAAGAACAAAUUCGUCGAUUUCGUUGGUGAGUAUCAUCUUGAUCUUAUAGUCCAGUACGGUGCUGUACCUGUGAUUGUUCCACGGGUGAAUGGCGUUCACUUGCUGCUUGAGAGCUUCAAGCCCAUCCAUGGAGUUCUCCUCUGCGAAGGAGAAGACAUUGACCCUUCUCUUUACGAGUCCGAAAUAUCUUCUCUUUCGCCACAAGAACUCGAAGAGAUCCGGAAAACACACGCUAGCGACACAGCCAUCGACAGGGAGAAAGACUCUAUCGAGCUAAGGCUCGCCAAACUCUGCCUUGAACAGAACAUUCCUUACUUGGGGAUCUGCAGAGGAUCACAGGUUUUAAAUGUUGCUUGUGGUGGAACCCUUUACAUGGACUUGGAGAAAGAACUCACAAAUAAGCUACCUGAGGGACGUAGAACCAAACACAUCGAUUAUGAUGACUAUGAUGGGUACAGACAUGUUGUAAGUCUGGUAGAGAACAGUCCUCUGCAUUCAUGGUUCAAAGAUUCAUUGGAUGGAGACAAGAUGGAUAUUUUGGUUAAUAGUUAUCACCACCAAGGUGUUAAGAGAUUGGCACAGAGAUUCGUGCCAAUGGCCUUUGCUCCUGAUGGAUUGAUCGAAGGAUUUUAUGAUCCAGAUGCUUACAACCCGGAAGAGGGCAAGUUCAUCAUGGGAUUGCAGUUUCAUCCCGAGAGAAUGAGACAGCAAGAUAUAGAUGAGUUUGAUUACCCUGGUUGUCCUGCUGCUUACCAGGAAUUUGCGAAAGCGGUGAUCGCGUAUCAGAAGAAACUGAAUAGUUCGCUGACUGUGCCAAAGAAGCUGAAACUUGAUCUAGCAAUGGAGAACAAAAGAAAGAUUUUAGUUCGGAGUUUUUCGCUUGCGAGGUAUAUGUACAGCACAGGCUCGGAGAAGAACCCGACUGAAGAAUCAGAACUGGAAGUUGGUGCCAAAUUUCUCGAGUCCAACACGGCUCUAAGCAUGGAGCAAGAGACACGGCUGAAGGAAAUGGGGGCGACGGUGAGGAACGGGGGAUCGUAUAUGCAGAAGGUGAAGCUGGACGAGGAGAAGCAAAGGAUGGCUAGGAACAUGAUGAGCAAAAUGACAGUGGAAAAGCUAUCCGAGCUCAUGGCUUUCUACCACUUGAUGGGAAAUAUUUGUGGAGAGGUAUUGGAGAGAAAGCUUCAUGGCAUUGUCAAUGAUCUCAGCUCUCAAUGACAACAACAAGAACAUGAAAGAUGAUUCUAGUGUGAUGAUGAUAUGAUGGCUGAUGGUGAUGGGUGAUUAGGGUUUUUGAUCUUUCCUUUAAGAGUUGUUGAAAGCUUCACAUGGAACAUCGGGGGAUGCUGUAACUGUAAGAAAGGUGGGGUUGCUUUUUCUUUUUUUGUCUUGUGAGAAAUUAGAAAAUGUAAUAUAUUAUUCCAAUUUCAAUUACAUAAAUCAGUUUUUUUA